CCGACUGCUGCCACUUCGCACUGGAAGUAAUCCAUGGACGACGGCCAUGCCAACAACACACCAUCAUCAUCGCAACGCCCCCCACUUUCCUUGAUCGCCAACGCUGCUGCCUCGGCGCUGCCCGCUCCCGUUGUUCCCAUUCAUCAUCACCACCAUCACCAGUACCAUCGUUCAUCAUCUCUCGAAGCCGGGUCCCACGAAUUGCAAUCAUUGAGCAGUCAGCAUCGCCCAGAAGCUUCAUCUUCCAGACUCCUCUCCCAGGACGACGACGACUACGCCGAAUAUCACUCUUCCGAUUCUGACGCUCACUCUCCAUCGAUGCCCUCGCGAAAAUCCAAAUCACCCAACCCACGCAGCGGGUCUCUCCGCCAUAAGUCCAGCGAUUCGUCCUCGCUCAACGGUAAAACCACAAACACCGACAUGAACGGCGGGCAAUUCCUCGAACGCCGCAAGAAUGCCCAUCUCGAACCCCUAUCCUACGCCGACGAUGACGACGACAGCGCGUCCGCCCGCGACCGAUUGAUGGGGCGGAGCAACUUCUCCCUCGACGAUAACCCACAUGAGAAAGCAGAUGGAUCACAAGGGGGAGAGAGCAAAGGCUUCUUCGAGCUUCCCAUGCAAGACCGUCGAAAUUUCCUUCUCCUCGUCCUGUUAUACUUCCUGCAAGGCAUUCCAAUGGGUCUCGCCGGUGGCAGCAUACCCUUCCUACUCAAGUCACACUUGAGCUACAGCCAAAUCGGAGUCUACUCUCUCGCUUCCUAUCCAUACAGCUUAAAACUGCUCUGGUCACCCAUUGUCGAUGCCAUCUGGUCCGCGCGAGUGGGAAGGAGAAAAAGUUGGAUUUUGCCUAUACAAACGCUCUCUGGCUUCGGCAUGCUGUAUCUGGGGAGUACUGCGACACAGAUGAUGGAAAGCGCGGGAGCAGAUGGCGGGGCCGGAAUUUGGGGCUUCACGGGUUGGUGGUUCAGUCUGGUGUUCAUGUGCGCAACACAGGAUAUUGCUGUGGACGGAUGGGCAUUGACACUGCUAUCGCAAUCCAAUUUGAGCUACGCGAGUACGGCGCAAACAGUUGGAUUGACAGGAGGACAAUUCUUGAGCUACACGGUUUUCCUGGCAUUGAACUCGCCCGAUUUCGCGAAUAAAUGGUUCCGUUCGCAGUCUCUGGACGUUGGAUUGAUCACACUGGACGGAUACCUAACAUUCUUUGGAUGGUUCUAUCUGCUCGUCACGUUGGGCCUUGCAGUCUUGAAGACGGAAGAACGAACAAAAGAGAAUGAGAGCGUCUGGGGCGUGUACAAGACAAUGGGAGGCAUUAUGAAGUUGAAGAACAUCCAGACCUUCAUCAUCAUUCACUUGAUCGCCAAGAUCGGCUUUCAGGCCAACGACGCUGUCACGAACCUCAAAUUGAUCGAUAAGGGGUUCAGCCAAGAAGACCUGGCUCUCGUCGUUCUCAUCGAUUUUCCCUUUGAAAUGGGACUGGGGUACUAUGCCGGCAAAUGGUCAGAACAAUACCAGCCCGUACGUGUCUGGUGUUGGGCCUUCGUAGGGCGGCUGGUUGCAGCAGUCUUUGCGCAGUUGACUGUCAUGUUUUUCCCGACCGGCGGGAUGACAACUUCCUAUCUGCUGGUCAUUAUUGUCGAGCACGUCUUUUCAACGUUCAUGUCCACGGUAAUGUUCGUGGCAAUUUCAGCUUUCCAUGCCAAGAUCAGUGAUCCAGCCAUUGGAGGGACUUACAUGACCUUAUUGGCGACUGUUUCCAACCUCGGCGGGACAUUCCCUCGCUUCUUCAUCCUUAAAGCCGUCGAUGCUUUCACUCAAGCUACUUGCAUACCUUCCACUGGUAAACAUCCCGGAGAACUCAAAGGCGAGCUUAUUACACAGUCCUUCAGCUGCGUGGCUGAGGCAGAAAAGCAUCGUUGUAUAGAUGGAGGCGGAGUAUGCCAAAUUGGGCGCGACGGGUACUAUAUUGUAAACAUUCUGUGUGUCCUAUUCGGAAUCAUUACGUUCUGGGGCUACAUCAAGCCGCGAGCGCUUGGGUUACAGGCGUUGCCCAUGAGGGCUUGGAGGUUGGCAGGAUGAUACGAAUGCAUGUAGAAUUGUUACGUGUAUAUUAGUAGAUGAGAAGAUGAGAACAAGUUGUAUACUACGUGACUUGGACACCUUUUUGUUCGUUUUGAGACGUACUGAGCGCUGUUCG